AUGAUGGAAGAUAUGAUAGAAGAUAUAGUUAAUCAAAAACCGGCUUCUGAUUUAAAUAACAAAGACACUGGGAAUUCUCAGAACUUCAAAUCACAAGCUGCCGAUCCACUUAUAACCAAAGAAAAUGUUUCUUCGAAUAGUAACCAAAAUGCUCCCAUCAUCCAUAGAAGGGUAAAAUCUACAAAUACUAAUUUUAUUACAGGAACUCCCGAUAAAAAUGGUAACAUAAAAGAGAGGAAAGCUAGCACCAGUAGCAAUAGUAUUACUGAAACUACUAGUAACAUUAACAAAACUCCACCUUCAAGCUCAAUUUUUAAUUCUAUGUUGGCAUCCAUGUCUUCUGCUUUUACAAAUAAUACUGGUUUACAAGAGGAGAACCUUCCUGAGGAUACCAGUAAACAAAAUUACAAUUCUGCUAAUGGUACAACUGCCAUUAAUGCAAGUACCAACAAUAACUCAAUGAUUAGCUAUAGAAAGCAGGAAGCCGCAAUCAAUAACUCUAAUGAUACUAGUGACGUUGCAUUGGUUAAUACUCACACUGGUAGUAACAAUAAUAGUAACAAUGCUGACAACAUUGAUGUAUCAUUUGAUAGUACAAAUUCUAAUAACAAUAUGCUAUACUCGACAACAGAUUAUUAUGUUAAAAAUGAGAUUCCCUUUGCGCAUGAAAGUAGAAAUGAAUUAUUUCAUAAUUCAUUCAAAUCAGUUCCAUCUCAAGAUAGAUUGAUUGACAUAUUUUCUUGUUCUUUGUCUAAGGAUUCAAUAUUUCAAGGUAAAAUGUAUGUUUCGGAAAAGUACAUUUGUUUUAAUUCGAAAAAUAACUUGUUAGGGUUAUGGGCUACAAAUAUUGUAAUUUGUCUAGAUGAUAUUGCUAGCAUCAAUAAUAAUGGAGAAUUCACUGAAAGACCAUCUAUUAUUGCACCAAAUAUUAGUAGUAAAUUUAAAAAUAAUAAUUACUCAAGUCAUGGUACUGGUAGCGUGACUUCGGAUAAUAAUAUUGUGAUAAAUACAUUAUACGGCAGAUCUUUUAAUUUUAGUGGAUUUUCCGAUAAGAAUAAAGCGAGCAAAAUUAUUAAAACAAUUUGGGAAAAUUCUUUGAAAAAAUCAACAUUAGUAACAUCUUCAAUGCAAAAAGGAGUCGAUAGCGAUGAUAAGAGUAAAUACGGGAACGGGAAGGAUGAUAAAGAUGGGGUACUGCAGGAUACUAAAGAUAGGUCUGCUAGUAAUGUAAGCGAGAUAUCCGCUGAUGAUUACCGCCCUAAUAGCAUUGGUGGGUUGUAUAAACAUGGGAUCCAUAAUAAUCAGUCUGGGAUAUUGAUUGAUGCCUUUCAAUACGAUAUCAAAUUGAGUGAAAAACACAAGCGGGCUAAUAGCAACAUUUUAGAGAAUAUAAAUGCUAAGAACUUGAUACCUGCUGACUUGGAAGAUGCCAUAUUAUCCGUCGAUGAAUCUGUUUACGAAGAAUACCAUGAAAAAGAAAAACCUGUUACAAAUAAUUAUUCGGAUGAAUAUGAGGAUGAUGAGGAUGACGAUUAUGAUAGUGAAGAAGAGAGUAAAAUUACAGACAAUAAGCUUAAACAGGUUAAGGUUUAUACAUUCAUCCCUAAAGCCAACUAUACUUACAAAGGUCAAUUAUAUCAUGAUGAAACUGAAUUUAUUUAUUCACCAGAAGAAGACAACAAAGAAGAUCUUUUAGCCGAAGUAGAAUUAAAUGCACCACCAGGAAUCAUCUUCGAGCUUUUAUUCAGUGAGAAUAAUCCUAGUUUUACCUUAUCUUAUUUAUCUGGAUUAAAUUCUUCCAACUUCCAGCCGCCGAAUUUAGGAGCUUUUAAUAAAAUCAAUCAAGAUGGCCAAAAAUAUAGAGAAUACCAAUAUGACAAGGGCUUGAAUUAUCCAGUGGGACCCAAGACUACAAGAUGCUUAGUACGAGAAACCAUUCUUUCUUUGGAAUAUGAUAAUUACAUUAAUGUAUUAAAUACUACCAGAACGCCUGAUGUUCCAUCUGGAUCGAAUUUUUCAGUGAAAACACGGUACAUGAUAAGGUGGGGUCCUAACGGAAGUUCUGUUUUAAAAAUAUCGUUUUGGGUUGAUUGGACUGGGAGCAGUUGGAUUAAAUCUAUGAUUGAUAAAAGUUGUAAAUCAGGACAGAAGGAAGCUACCAAGGUACUAUUAGUUUCUUUACAAGAAAAGUUAGAACAAGUCACAGAGAUGAAGAAAUUAUCGCUAGAUGAAGCUAUAAGUAGCGAAAUGCCUUCUAGUAAUAACGGUAUAUUGAGUAAAUCGCCCUCUGUUACUUCUCUAAGAUCAUUACCCCAGGAGGAAUAUAAUUAUAAAGGCAAUACUAGCGGUGCGGCUGGUAUUUCCACGGGUUUAAAUAAAACCGGCAAUUUGUAUUCCAACAAAGUUAGUGCAAAUGGUUUUACUAACACCAAUAUACACAAUACUGAUUUAAAGUUGUCCUUUUUCUCGUUUACUAACAUACUAUUGUUUUUUAUUACUUUUUUGUUACUGUUGAACUUAUAUUUCCAAUUUAAAAUCAUGUCUAAGUACAACUUGUUAAAUGACAUAAUUCCGCAGUUUUUAUCUUCUCAAUCGAACGAAAAAUCUAGUGUUGUAAUCGAUGAAACUACGGAAAAACUAUUGGAAAAUAUUGAUGCAUUGGUACAAAGAAGGAUGAAUGUGAAAAAUUGA